GUAGGUCAGAAGCUCUUAUUACUUUUCGUCGCCACCCUAACCCUGCAGUAUAGUAGUACCGUUUAUGGGUAUGUGCCAUCUGGGAGCAUUAGCAUGACGCGGCCGCCUGAUUGCCCAAGCAAGUGUGGCAACGUCAGCAUCCCGUACCCGUUUGGCAUCGGAGUGGGCUGCUUCCAAGGAGCCUUUAGUGUCACCUGCAAUAAGACACAGGCAUAUCUGGCCUCAACUGGUCUUAGGUUAUUGGAAAUCAAUCUUACCCUUGGCGAGGUUCGUGUUCAGAACCCAUUUAUAUCAAUGUAUUGCAACAACACCGACGACCCCGGUGACAGCAUUGGUUAUGGAGCACUUAAGAGUAUCUUAAGUUUGGAUCCUUUUCAUAAGGUUUCCAUCACCAAAAACAAGUUGACAUAUAUCGGGUGUUCUGAGCUUGCAAUGAUGGUGGGAGCCGGCACUGACAAUGAGUACUUGACUGUCAGCUCAUGCUUUUCGUAUUGCACUAACGCAACAAACUUCAACAAUAAGGAUGACAAAGAGUGCCGUGGCAAGGGUUGCUGCCAAACCUCCUUUGCCGGAAAUAUCAGCUCAUUCUACACCGAAACCACACCAAUACUCAUAUACAGCUCUGGUGUUCAGUCGUCCUUCGGCCCAUGCAGCUACUCAUUUGUUGUUGAGGAGGAAUGGUUCAAAUUCGAUCGUUCUUAUGUUAACUCUUCCACAAAUUCCACGAGUUUGUACCCAGAUGGAGUCCCUUUGGUACUCGAUUGGGUCGUUGGUAGUGAAAUUUGUUCAGAAGCCAUCAACAAGGGACCACGGUAUCUCUGCCAAGCCAAGAAUAGUUCAUGUGUUGAUGUGUCUAAUGGCCCCGGUUACCGUUGUAACUGCUCUUCAGGUUAUGAGGGUAAUCCCUACCUACAAGAUGGGUGCCGAGAUAUCAAUGAGUGCGACCCUCAAAAUAAGCCCUUGUAUCCUUGCAAAGGUGAGUGCACGAACACCGAUGGAAACUACACAUGUACAUGCCCAUCAGGGUAUAGAAGCGACGAUGCAAAGAUCUAUGAUUGCGUUAAAGCUGACACAAGCACACCCCCAAAAAAAAUUGCUGACACAAGCACAGCUCGGAACAUGGCCAUAGGCAUAUCCGCCAGCAUCGUCUUCCUCAUGGUCUGUAUCUUUGCUCUGCAUGCCGAGUAUCAGAAAAGAAAGCUGGCAAAAGAGAAGGACAGAUUCUUCGAUCAGAAUGGUGGUCAAAUAUUAUACCAUCAAAUUAUGUCAAAACAAGUCGAUACAUUGAAGAUAUACACGCAAGAAGACCUUAAGAAGGCUACAAAUGAUUUUGACGAGAGCACGGAGCUGGGUAGGGGCGGUCAUGGCACUGUCUACAAGGGCAUUCUCAAGGAUAACCGGGUUGUAGCCGUGAAACGCUCAAAGCUCAUGAAUGCUACCGAAACCAACGAAUUCGUGCAGGAGAUUAUUAUACUUUCACAGACGAACCACCGGAAUGUGGUAAGGCUUCUUGGGUGCUGCUUGGAGGUGGAGGUCCCCAUACUGGUCUAUGAGUUCAUUUCCAACGGCACUCUCUUUGAGUUCAUCCAUGGCCGUGGUAAUAAUUAUGAAAGUCCGUCUCCCUCGCUGGACACACGUCUCAGGAUUGCUCAAGAAUCAGCGGAAGCACUGUCCUAUCUGCAUCUGUCCACAAACCACCCUAUUGUCCAUGGUGAUGUCAAGUCCAUGAACAUCCUCUUGGACGAAAACUACAUGGCGAAGGUGACGGACUUUGGGGCAUCAAGGGCGCUCCCCAAGGAUGAGAUUCAGUUCAUGACGUUGGUCCAAGGCACCCUGGGUUACCUGGACCCCGAGUACCUGCAGGAGCGGCAGCUCACGGACAAGAGCGACGUUUACAGUUUCGGGGUGGUGCUGCUGGAGUUGAUCACGGGGAAGACGGCGAUCUACCAGGACGGCGCCAAGCAAGGCAAGAGCCUUGUGUCAUCCUUCAUGCUCGCGAUGAAGGAGGGGAACCUCCAGGGCAUCCUUGACGCCAGCAUAGUGCACGUUGGGAUGGAGACACUGCUCCGAGAAGUCGCCGAGCUGGCGAGGUUGUGCUUGGCCGCUAGUAGCGAAGAUAGGCCUUCCAUGACCCAGGUGGCCGACAAGCUUAAGGCCCUGCGAAGCACCUGGAGGAAAAAACUGGUGGUGGGGCAUUCGGUCGUGCGCUUCGCAUCUGCAGCUUCGGCACCUCCAUCGUCGAGUACAUUCUCCAGGGAGACGCACAUGACUGGAAUAGGUAUCCAGACACCCAGAUGAUGGUUUCAAUUA